GGAGAGCUUGACCUUGGAAUUUGUUUCAAUUUGAGCACCUUUGACAUUCUCAAAUGGAAAGCUACAGAAAUUAGCUCUUUCAGUUUGAGUUUGGAUUCUUGUGUCAUUUUUCAGCAUCUUUAUGUUCUUCCGUAGCUGUUUUUGCGAGUUUUUCCUCAAGCCACUCAGGGACGCUUUUUAGCUCAGGGGUGUCGGCAUUGCCAUGGCGCUCAAAUCCGGUGUAUUCGCUUGCCUCAUCCUUGCAUUGCGCGUGAGCUGCGACAACGUCAUGGCAGAGGAGAACUCCGGCAAGGAGACUGAGAAGGGCGGCAUCAUCAUCGGCCGCGGCCUCCCGAUUGAGACUGAGAAGAGUGGAGUGCCCUUCCUCCCUCGGUCGGAGAACCUCGAGGAGACUGAGAAGGGCGGCAUCAUCAUCCCCCGCGGCCUCCCAAUUGAGACUGAGAAGAGUGGAGUGCCCUUCCUCCCUCGGUCGGAGAACCUCGAGGAGACUGAGAAGGGCGGCAUCAUCAUCCCCCGCGGCCUCCCAAUUGAGACUGAGAAGAGUGGAGUGCCCUUCCUCCCUCGGUCGGAGAACCUCGAGGAGACUGAGAAGGGCGGCAUCAUCAUCCCCCGCGGCCUCCCAAUUGAGACUGAGAAGAGUGGAGCGCCCUUCCUCCCUCGGUCGGAGAACCUCGAGGAGACUGAGAAGGGCGGCAUCAUCAUCCCCCGCGGCCUCCCAAUUGAGACUGAGAAGCGUGGAGUGCCCUUCCUCCCUCGGUCGGAGAACCUGGAGGAGACUGAGAAGAGCGGAGUGCCCUUCUGGCCUCGGUCCGAGAACCUCGGCAAGGAGACUGAGAAGAGCGGAUUCCCCUUCUGGAGAUGAGAAGAGCAGGAACGCCCCCACUUACCCAUGAGUGGGCGAGAUCGAGCACGCAUGAUGACUUGCAAAACAGUUCUUUGCUUCGCCCACAACAGGGCGACUUACAAAGCAGUGCUUGCUUCGCCAACAGGGCGACUUACAAAGCACGUGCUUGCUUCGCCAACAGGGCGACUUUGC